AUGUCAUCUUCUGACGAGGAAAAGAAGUCACCGAAGAAAUCAAAGAAAGAAAAAUCAAAGAAGGAGUCCAAGAAAGAAUCAAAGAAGCCAGAGAAACGCCGUGUAGACAGCGACUCGUCUUCUGACGAAGGUGUGAUAGACGCCGCGCCGGUGAAGAAAUCAAAGACUGGUGGCAAUCGUAUCAAAAAUGCCGAUGGAGAGGAGAUGAUUGAACUUGGAAGUAUGAGAUAUGUGACGGUCAGAAACUUCCGAGGGAAAAUGCUCAUCGACAUCCGUGAAUAUUAUUCGGAUAAGACGUCAGGAGAGCUACGUCCGUCAAAGAAAGGCAUCAGUCUCAGUAAAGAACAGUACCAGAAUUUGAAAGCUGUCAUGAGCGAUAUCGAUGCGAAGCUAUGA